AGAGAGGAAUGUGUUUGAAGCAGAGAGAAGAGAAGAUGGGUUGAAGAGAGGUUUAGGUCUACCUACUGGUGGUUAGGGAUUUGAACACCAUAACAAUAGCAAAACCAACAUCACCAGCAACAACAGAAGCUGGAACUCAAAGAAGAAAAGAAAAAAAGGUGAAAGGGAAAGGAAAAGGCUCUUAUUUUGGGAUGAUCUAUUGAGUUUUGUGAGAAACUUUUAAGAGGUUUUAAUGGAGAGAGUUUAGAGAGGGGAUGUUUCUCACGUGGGAUGAUGGAAUGAUGGAUGGAGAACAUACGAAUUAAAAAGAAAAGAAAAGGGGUGAACGAACGUAUAACUGUUGUUGUUAAUGCUGCUGUUGUUGUUAUUCUUUAUUUAACAAAGAAAAAAUCUAUCUUUUAAACAAGUGUUCUAUGUUUUUUAUUGUUGUAUUUGUUCGAUGAAAAGGAACGUUGGUUUUGAAUCUUGGGAUUGGGUUGUCUCCGUUUUGGGAGGAUUGUAUCAGCAGAUCGAGUGUGCUUUCGAGCUUUUCUGCUCCCCACGAAAGACACAGCACUCUCGGGUUUUCAGGUGAAAACAAGGACGGGUUGUAAGGAUUCGAGAUCGAAUUUUAGAAGCUACAGGAGAUUUUUGAGAUAUUUUAAGGGUUGCUAAUACCUGGUCACUGUUCUUCCCCGAGGAGGCUGGUGAUGUGUUAUCUUUCGAGGAGGAGUAAGCAUGGCUACUUAUUUCCCCGGUUCCAGCAACCAAAGAGAAGUCAUACCAACCCUAUAUGCAAGGGACCCUGUACCUACUACUUCAUAUGCUGAGGAAUCGGUUCUUCCUGGAAACAUGAUGAUGUAUAUGAACUACUCGUCUUCUGCUGGUUCCUACUCAGAAUCCCUAGCUGGAAAUUCUCAGCCUCAGCAGAAUUGCGGCGAGCUUCCUUCCAUGGGAACAUCAGAAUCAACUGCUACACAGCAAGGCACCUUCUCAAAUCUUGUGGGUUCUCAUCUUGGUGAACAACAACAGUUUGGUGUGUGGAGGGACGGCAGAAAUGAGAUGAUGUUCAUGCGGCCGGCUGGUGGCUCCACUAGCAUGCAAUCGUUUGGUGGGCAGUUAAACAGCAAAGCGGAUGAUAUGGUACGCGGCUCCGUUGCUGAGGAUUCCCAGGUGGGUCUGCAGAGACAACUUGGGAUUCUACAUGGUGGACAGAAUUUACAGGGACAAGGGUUAUCCCUCAGCCUUAGCACACAGAUCCCGUCCACCAUUCCUGUGUCUCCAUUCCAGUACAGGAACUCCAACCCAGGUUUCUCUUCACUCGUGAAUUCUCAUCCGUCUAUGUCGGGAGAUGGGGGUAACGGGACCAGCUCGUGUAAAGAUGACGAAAGCUCUCAAGGUAAACAGUCGAGGGAUGCUGAAUACUUGCAGCCUGGUUUUUCUGGAGCAAAUCGUGAUGCUAUCAAAGGGGAGGCAUUGAAUAACUUCCAAUACUCAGUGGGCCCCAAACUGAUGCAUUCUGAUCCAUCUCCUUACGGACUAACGGGUCUUGCAAACACUAUUCCCAACUCCAAAUACCUCAAAGCAGUGCAACAACUGCUUGAUGAAGUUGUCAAUGUUCACAAGGCUUUGAAACAAUCAGAAUCUGACAAACACCAAAAAUUCCAUGGUUCUGGUUUAAAGGAUCCCAAAGAGACUGAAGGAGAAUCAAAUGAUGGCACUCAGUUGCUUACUACCUCUGGGAACUCUUCGAAACCUCAAGAGUCCGGUACCAACAAUGCUGAGCUUUCACCUGCUGAAAGGCAGGAUUUGCAGAACAAGAUGACAAAGCUUUUGUCCAUGUUGGAUGAGGUUGAUAGAAGAUACAAGCAGUAUUAUUAUCAGAUGCAGAUUGUGGUAUCAUCUUUUGACGUGAUAGCAGGAUGUGGUGCUGCUAGACCUUAUACGGCACUGGCCCUGCAGACUAUCUCCCGUCAUUUUCGGUGUUUGCAUGAUGCAAUCAGUGGUCAGAUUCGAGCGACACGAAAGAACCUUGGCGAGCAAGAUUCUUCAACAAACAGCAGGGGGGUUGGAAUCUCUCGACUGCGUUAUGUGGACCAGCAGCUCAAGCAGCAGAGGGCUCUUCAGCAGCUUGGUAUGAUGCAGCAGCAUGCUUGGAGGCCACAGAGGGGGCUCCCUGAAAGCUCUGUUUCUAUUCUUCGUGCUUGGUUGUUUGAGCACUUCCUUCAUCCGUAUCCAAAGGAUUCUGAUAAAAUCAUGCUAGCUCGGCAGACAGGCUUAACUAGGAGUCAGGUCUCAAAUUGGUUUAUAAAUGCACGGGUUCGACUCUGGAAGCCCAUGGUUGAGGAGAUGUACAAAGAAGAGACUGGUGACACUGAAAUUGAUUCAAAUUCAUCAUCUGAAAAUGCACCAAAAGCAGGAAGGGAUGAUAACGAGGCACCCAAGGAUAAGGGGGAAGAUUUUCAGCAAACUAUGAGUACAGUGACUGAUAGAUGCCAGCCUGAACCAUUUCAUGACUCAAAAUCCAAUCUUGUCCCUGAUAUAGAAAUGUCUGGACCGGACGCAGAAGCUGCCUUUCAGGAUGAUACCCAUAAAGGAGAUGAUACUGAUUAUGGGGGGAUGAAAUUAAGGGAAGAUCAAAGACCCAGUUUAGAUGAUUGUAGCCUUUUCCAGGAUGCACUUGUUCAGUCUGACAGGAAUGGUGGUGUGAGGUUCAUGGGUGCCGCUGCUGCAUAUGAGAUGGCCGAGUUGGGUAGGUUUGGGAGCAGCAGUGGGGUGUCGCUCACUUUGGGGUUGCAGCACUGUGAUGAAAGUGGCCUGCCCAUUUCUGGCAGUACCCCUCACAAUUUUGUCACAUUGAGAGGUGAUGAAAUGUACAACACAGUAGCUACUUCUGGGGGCCCUGACACAGCUGAUUACGAACGACACAGGUUUAGUUCCUCACAUCUAUUUCAUGAUUUUGUAGCAUGAUGUGAUGCUUGCGUCGCAGGUCAAUGAUAAGAACCUUAGUUCUUCUCAAGGAGGGUGAAGAAACAAUAAAAUUAGCAAUAAUAAUGUUAGCCCAUGGGCUAUCCUUUGGGUGCCUUUCAUCCUGCUUGCAAACUGUUAAAGAAUGUUUCAUCAAAAAAAUUGCUAAAGAAUGAAACUUAGUAGUAUAGAAACAUGGAUAUGUCAAAACACAGCUGUAGUAUAGCAAGAGAUUGGUGGGGAGGUAGCAUAUUUGUAAAGAUAAGAUGCAUUUUUUUUUUCUCUUUUUUGUGUAUUCUGUUGAAGAAGAAACUUUGUACAAUUAUUUUCAGUUGGAAUUGAAGAGAAGGGAUUAAUCUCAUUCGGAUGGGAUGAAACUUUUUCUUAUCAAAAUGCUGUUAACUAUCCUGAUGGUUAUUAAAGCGGUUCUCUUUCUUUUUCA